AUGCUAAAUGUCCCAUCCGUGAUGUCCGCUUCCCGACGGCGACUCAUCAAACUUUUGAGAGCUGUACUUGAACCGGGAGCUGCUGUCUUCGUACGAAUCUCCUUCCUUUCCCACCGUUGUGCCAUUCAAACUACUCAUGGACGACAUGCGGGGGUUGCCGUGUUGAUGGUCGUAGUCGUUGCUGGUGCCGCUCUUGAACGAGAGCUCUGUCUCGUCUACAAAGUGUCGAGGGGACGCGAACGGGUCGUCGUCGCCGUCGGCGGCGAUGCCUGUUGUGUAAUCCACAUUGUGAGGAAGGUUUCCAUCAUCGUAGCUGCUGUUCGUGAUGGACGGCGAUGUCGCCGACACCAUGACGCCGCGAGGAGGCGUGUCGUUCUUGGCUGCGGACGCCAUCAUGGUAAGCUCAUUCUUGAGCAGUUGCGCAUGCAAGUCGCGGUUUUCGACUUCGGGGCGAGGGCCGCAACAACAUCGAGCUCCCAUGUGAACCGGCAGACAAGGACUAACUACUGA